AUGAAGCGGCAAGACGUGGUACAGGAAAAAAAACAAGAAGAAAAAAUUCGAAACAUCUUGUUUGGCCACCCUCACCUGAGCGUAGCUCGUCGAGGUCUAUGCGUGGCAAUACUAUUGAGUAGUUUUUGUCCGAUCCAGUGCCAGUUUGCAUCAUGUGACAACAUUAAAGCUCUAAAGGCAGACGAAACCUUCUACAUUCAGUCACCGAAUUACAGUGGCUACUACAAAGCUAACACAAACUGCCGCUGGAAGUUAUCGGCUCCCGUUGGAUACGUCGUGUACCUAAACUGUUACGAUGUGAUUCUCCCGGCGAGCACCAACUGUGCAGCGGACCGGAUUGAAGUUUCGCUUGUCGGGAAUGCUCUUCUUUCUGGUGCAUCACGGUAUUGCGGUCAGUCAACCUUCAUACUGCAGUCGACGGCUAAUCAAUUGUCUUUGGCGUUGCGAACGUUGAGUACUUCCACUGGAGGUCGUUUUCGGUGUCAGGUUGUGGCAAGGAAGCUUCCCUGUGACUGCGGUCGACGUAAAACGGUCAAAAUUGUGAACGGUACUCCAACACUGGUGAACGAAUUUCCCAUGGUGGCUGGUUUAGUUAGCAUAACCGGAAGGAAUGUCUUUUGUGGGGCUACCAUAGUUUCCAAUCGUCACGCUCUCACGGCGGCUCAUUGCCUCACGGGGAGACAGAUCUCCGCAACGGCUCUAUUGGUUGGAGAUCAUGAUCUCUCGACUGGAACCGACACUCCAUAUGCGAAGCUGAUGGUUAUUAGUACCUUUACAAUCCACUCCGCUUAUCGAGCACAACCAUCCGCGAAUGACAUCGCAUUGGUCCGAACUCGAGACGAAAUUCAGUUCACUAACGGUGUGGGACCGGCCUGUCUGCCCUGGAUUUGGCCGACGGCUACGUUUAACAAUAUGGCCGUUGAAGCUGCUGGCUGGGGGACGCUGGAUUUUGGUGGCCAGGUGUCGAAUGUUUUGCAAAAAGUUACCUUGAACGUUGUUAGCUACGAGAGUUGCCGCCAGCAGAUGAGUAGUUCCUCGAUUACUCAGAACCAACUUUGCACCUAUGCUCCCAACCGGGAUGCGUGCCAGUAUGAUUCGGGAGGUCCCAUCUUGUACACAAACCCGAACAACGGAAUCGUGUAUCAUAUUGGGGUCAUUAGCUAUGGAAUAGCGUGUGCCGGGAAAACUCCCGGAGUCAAUACGCGGAUCACUUCCUAUUUGGCGUGGAUAAAGUCGAAUACGGUGGGGAUUGAUUACUGUGAAAAGUAA